GUACGUGACUAUCUGCGCAUCAUCGGUUGAUAUAGCGUCUGAGCUGUUGGUGUCCUCUUGUCUUGGUCUUUUGAUAAAAGUUUUUUGAGAAACGAUUUAAACCUUAAUAUGGAUCAUAAUCACAUGCAUGGUAAUAAUAUGCAUUCUGGAAUGAACAUGUCUACAACGCCGCCGAUGACUCAUGGAGAUCAUGGCGGGCACGGAGGCACUGUCCACCAUAUGAUGCAGAUGUAUUUUGUUGUAAGCAAGAGUGCAACUAUAUUGUUUGAAGACUGGAAAGUAGAUACAGCAGCAGAAAUGGUUUUCUCCUGCCUCGGUAUAUUUGUUCUUGCUGCACUCUAUGAAGGAUUAAAAGUUCUUCGUGAAGUGUUAAAGAGGAAAUAUAGCUAUGUGGUUAGCGUGGAUUUGGCAGAGACCAAGGUGUAUGGUACAGGACCUACUCAAACAACUGUUGUGACUGAAUCAAAGGGAAAGAUUCCAAGGUCCAGAAUCUGCAAUUGGCAUCAUAUACUUCAAACAUACCUUCAUGUUGUCCAAGUCACCUUGAGCUAUUUCCUCAUGUUGAUCUUCAUGACAUACAAUGUCUGGCUGUGUCUGGCUGUUGCUCUGGGAGCUGGCUGUGGUUAUUUUGUGUUUGGAUGGAAGCUGAACAAAGUGGUCGAUAUCUAUGAACACUGUCACUGAUCAGUAACAUUCUCUUACCAUAAAUUUUUUUGUUUGGAGGAGAGCACCAUUAUUGAUAGUUGGUAUCUUUUUUUAAUUUCAGUUUUGUCAAGUGGGUUAGUUAGCAUACAUAUUUUUUAUUUAAUUGAACUGUAAGUUAAUUCCACUAUGCACACAGUCUGCUUUACAUUUUUAAUUCAGACUGAACAGGCACAUUAGCAUUCAAGAAGUGCUCAGAAGAAAAUUCAUACACAGUUCCUUUAGAACAUCUCCUAAACUUUUUCUACACAACCACAGGGAUUUGUUUGGAUAUGAUAAUGACUGAUAUGAAGAACAUGUCCACUGAAAAAUACUGAAAAAUAGAUAGGAAAAAAAAGAGGGUUACAGAAAAUAUCCUGAGGUAUCUCAUGUUUUUUUGCAAAAUCCAGUUGAUCAUAUCAAUGGAUUCAUUAAUUAAUAUGUCUCAGGAAGAUUGAUAGCACCAUUCACGUAAAAAGUAUAGCAAACUUUUAGAUGCGAGCCAAAAUUUAAGUAGUUUGUGAUACAGGCAACAUUGUUCCCAUUCUAUUUUCUAACUGAUUAGCUUUUUAUUUUCUUU